UAAAAUUAACCACACAGCAAAAAAAAACAAAUGAAAAAAAUGUUUCCAACAAGGCAUACGGUGCCACAAACUGGCCAAACAACGUUCAAAUAUACGAUACUAGAAACUUGUGAACGUAUUAAAGAAGAAUUUAAUUAUCUUCAGGCACAAAAUCAUAGCAUCAAAAUGGAAAUUGAAAAAAUGGCACAGGAAAAAACUGAAAUGCAACGACAUUAUGUUAUGUAUUAUGAAAUGUCUUAUGGAUUAAAUGUUGAAAUGCAUAAACAGACUGAAAUUGCUAAACGAUUAAAUACAAUUAUUGCUCAGAUAAUGCCUUAUCUAUCGCAAGAGCAUCAAACACAAGUAGCAACAGCAGUUGAACGAGCUAAACAAGUUACAAUGUCAGAAUUGGGCACUAUACUUAGUCAACAAUCGGGUAUUGCACAUCUUUUGCAAUUGGAACAGAUUCGUUCACAACAGGGAUUACCAUCAACGGCAGCAACAUCGGUUACAGCCGCAACUGCUGGAACAUCACAUGUUUCGGCAGCUGCUGCUGCAGCAGCGGCAGCCGCAGCAGCAGCAGUCGCUUCAUCACAUCCAAAUGGACCAGGAUCAUUAUUACCUAAUGCAUCUGUUUUAGGUCCAACAAGUUUAGCCCAACAUGCUGCUGCAUUAUCGGCUGCUGGAAUUUCACCAUCAAAUUCAGCUACAGCAGGUUUAUUAGCAUUAUCAACAGGAUCAUUAAAUCCUAAUGGUUUAUCUAUUACCGGUACAUCAUCAACACCAGGUCUUUUACCGGGAUCAUUAAUGACAUCAUCAUCAUCAAAUACAAAUAGUAAUGGAUCAACAAUACCAUUACCACCAAGUUGUACACCAAAUUCAACAACAAGUUCAUCAAGUUUACAACCAAUCAAUACAACUACCUCUAUUAAACAAGAAUCAAGUGGAUCAACAAUACGAGAUUUAAGUGACCGAAAAAUCAGUGAUGAUAAUCGUCGUGAGGAUCAAAUUUCACCACACAAUGGUGAUACAUUAUCACCACGUGAAACAAAUAGCCUUCCAGAAGUUCGUAUUAAACGUGAUAGGCCAUCAUCUCGUUCAUCAUCAAAUCGUUCAACACCAAGUGGCCAUAAAACAUCGAAAAAUGAUCAUGGAGACAACAAAUCGCCAACAUCAUCGAAUCAGAAAUCUGGAACACCCAAUAAUAAUGCAGCCAAUAUUAAUCAAUCGGUUACCAAUGGUAGUAAUUCAAAAACACCCAAACCAACAACAUCGAUUGGACCACCAUAUCCAUAUUUACACGGACCACCUGGAAUGAUGCCUAAUGAUAUUGGUAUGGCUGCUGCUGCCUAUUCACAAGGUUUAUUGCACAAUAAUUUGGGUAAUACUACCGGAUCAUUGGCAGGCUUUCCACGAGCUUUAUUACCCGGAGCAGGAUUCGAUUCUACACAUCCAUCGAUGAAAGGACCACAAUCAACUUCUAUAACGGGUCCACCGCCACAAUCAUUAGUAGCUGCCGGUGGUAAACCAGCAUAUUCUUAUCACGUCGAUGCUGAUGGCCAAUAUAAUCCUGUACCAUUUCCGCCUGAUGCAUUAAUCGGUCAUGGUAUACCGAGACACGCCCGACAAGUGAAUUCAUUACCACACGGUGAAGUAGUAUGCGCUGUAACCAUAUCAAAUCCAACCAAAUAUAUUUUAACCGGUGGUAAAGGCUGUGUUAAAAUGUGGGAUAUUAAUCAACAGAAUAGUAAAACACCAGUCGCACAACUUGAUUGUUUGCAACGAGAAAAUUAUAUCCGAUCAUGCAAAUUAUUACCCGAUGGUCGUACAUUAAUUGUCGGUGGUGAAGCGACUACAAUUUGUAUUUGGGAUUUAAACCUGCCGACGCCAAAAAUCAAGGGAGAAUUAUCAUCAUCGGCACCUGCUUGUUAUGCAUUAGCCAUAUCACCAGAUUCCAAAUUCUGUUAUAGCUGUUGUUCGGAUGGUAAUAUUGCUGUAUGGGAUUUGCAUAAUCAAAUUUUAGUCAGACAUUUCGAAGGACAUACGGAUGGUGCUUCUUGUAUCGAUAUUAGUCCCGAUGGACAAAAAUUAAUUAGUGGUGGUCUUGAUAGUACUGUUCGAACAUGGGAUCUACGUGAAAAUAGGCAAUUAAAUCAACAUGAUUUUAAUUCACAAAUAUUUUCACUUGGUUAUUGUCCAACUGGUGAAUGGUUAGCCGUUGGAAUGGAAAGUUCUAAUGUUGAAGUAUUGAAUGUGAAUAAACCGGAAAAAUAUCAAUUACAUUUACAUGAAAGUUGUGUAUUAUCACUAAAAUUUGCAAGCUGUGGAAAAUGGUUCAUAUCGACAGGAAAAGAUAAUUUGCUCAAUGCAUGGCGUACACCAUAUGGUGCUUCAAUAUUUCAGUCAAAAGAAUCAUCAUCAGUAUUGAGCUGUGACAUUUCAUCGGACAAUAAAUACAUUGUUACCGGUUCGGGCGAUAAAAAAGCUUCUGUUUAUGAAGUAAUCUAUUGAUGACAAUGGUGUUUGUGUAUUGAUUUGUUUUGUUUGCAUUAUUUGUAAAAUCAACAGUAUUGUUUUUUAUUAUUAUUAAUUACCUCCUUCAUACUUGUAAUGAUGAAACUCUUUCUUUUUUCUAUGUUUGUGUGUGCCAAUCAAUUGUAAUCAGAUCAUUCAAUAAAUU